UGAGCGGAGGCCCCGUUAGCGGCGGGGUCGGCCAUGGCGCGGCCGGUGCCGGUGGUGGACGUGCAGAGCGACAACUUCGCGGAGCUGUGGCCCUCCAUGCUGCUGGCGCUGCGCUCCGCAACCUUCGUGGCUGUGGACACGGAGCUGAGCGGCCUCGGCGCCAGGAAGUCGCUGCUGAGCCCGUGCAUCGAAGAGCGGUACAAGGCCGUCUGCAGCGCGGCCCGGACCCGCUCGGUCCUGUCCCUCGGCGUCGCCUGUUUCAAGCAGCUCCCAGAGCAGUCCGAGCACACCUACCUGUGCCAGAUCUACAACCUGACACUCCUCUGCACCGAGGAUUACGUGGUGGAGCCCCAGUCGGUGCAGUUCCUGGUGCAGCACGGCUUUGACUUCAACAAGCAGUACUCCCAGGGGAUCCCCUACCACAAGGGCAACGACAAGGGCAAUGAGAACCAGAGCCGGAGUGUUCGGACUUUUUUUCUGGAGCUUAUACGAGCAAAGAAGCCACUCAUCCUCCAUAAUGGCCUGAUCGAUCUGGUCUUUCUCUACCAGUGCUUCUAUGCUCACCUCCCAGACAACCUUGGCACUUUCACAGCUGACCUCUCGGAAAUGUUUCCAGCAGGAAUUUAUGACACCAAAUACGCUUCAGAGUUUGAGACUCGCUUUGUAGCAUCCUACCUGGAGUAUGCUUACAAGAAGUGCAAGCGAGAGAACUUGAAGCUGAAGGACUCCAGCAGCCAGCACCUCACCAUUGAGUUCUGCAACUACCCUGCCAACGUGUCCUGUUACAUCGACUAUCGGCACUGCUCCCUGGAACAAGAAAGUCACAGUGUGGAAGGGGAAAAUAAGGUGCCUGUCUGUGAGAAAUUUUCGGCCUAUGGCUGGUGUCCAAAAGGGGUGAAGUGUCCACAGUCUCAUAACAUUGACCUUAUAAUUGAUGAGGAUGACAAGCAUUGGGAGGAAAAGCGGAAGAAACGGAAACACAAAUGGAAACGUCGGAAGAACACAGAAGAGGCUACGAAAGCACUUGAACAGGAAAACUCAGGGAAAGAGAUGGAGACAGCUCAGAAUGGGGAGGAGGGACCACCACGAAAACAGAGCUGCUACAAGCCUGCAGCUGCUACAGAGCUGGCAGGGAUCAUACCCAGCAGUGAGGGCAGGUCACGGGAGAAGAACUCCAUGGAUAUGGAACCAGAGGUCGGCUCAGACACCACUGCACAGCAGGAAGAGAAUCUGGAGAGCAUGGAAGGAAUUGCUGCCCACACAGAAGCAGCUAUGAGCCCUUCAGCCAGGGGUAAUGCCUCUGACAGUGAUCAAGUGGAGGGAAAGUCAGAGGUUCCUGCUAGAAGCCUCCCAGAGACUGAUGCAGCAUGUGCUGCAGGAAAGGAAAAGGAGAGCCACGGCCCACCCUCACAGGGGGGCACACACCGAGCUGGCUUUGACGCAUUCAUGACUGGCUACAUCAUGGCUUAUGUCUGGAUGCUCAAAAAAGGAAAAAACACAGACACUGGCACAGGGCCCUGGUUGCCAGACUGCCACAAUAAACUGUACCUCAGUGGGAAAUCAGUGCCACUUCAGAUAGUGAAGAGCUUGUUUUCUAAAUCUUCCAAAGCUCACAGCCAGAAGAUGAAGUUGGCCUGGGCCAGUGGAUAGAACUAGAGGACUCCUUCCUGAAAGGCAGUUUUUUUCACCACCCCCCUCAAGUUUUAAUGUUCUUCAUUCCAUCAAGAACUGACUAGAAGGGGAGCAGGUUUCUUACUUGUUUUUGGUUUUCACUUCUGACAGAUUAAAUUGCUCUCAAUUUAAG